CGUGUUACUGGGUAGAAGAAAACAAAAACAAACAGAGCGAGAGGGGCCAGAGACGCUCCGAGACGGCGGCAGAGGCUGAGGAGCGGGGUCGGGGCCAGCGGAUCAGCGGCCUGGGCGAGCAGCGGCGGUGGCCCGGGGGGUCGGUAUCGGUGGGCGCGGCUCGCACGCUCGGGAAGACAGAGCCCUCUCCCCCGGGCCCGGUCUCUCCUCGGAGGCAGCCGCACGUUGGGAGGGGGAGGGGGCGUGGAGGUCGCGGCCCGGUCAGGUCCGAGGCGGCCGGGCGGGGGUCCGGCCGCCUCCUCGAAGCCCUGCAGGCCCAGCCGCGCCCGCCUCAACGCCCCGGCCUGCGCAGACCCGGUCCGGGUUCCCUCCUCCUGGGCCCAGCCCGGAGCGCGGCGGCGCGGGCCCGGCCCCUCCGAGACCCCCUCCCACUCAGCGGAGCGCGCGGGGCGCGAGCUGGCGGGGGCGCCUGAUCGGUCCCUCCCCCAUCAAGGCUGAGGAAUCUUCCUGUGGGAUAUUAAAAUCUUGAAUUGAACUUGUAUACACAGCACUGGUUUUUAGAAGAUCUGGGUUCUUUCUAGUCCUGGUUCUUGCACUGAGCAGCUGUCUCCUCUUGGCCAGAUCACCUAACUUCUCUGCAUCUGUUUAGUUGUGUACAAAGUGGAAUUCCUACCUCAAGACUGUCCUGAGAGGAUAGAUUCUAAAGGAAGACUUCUGUUUGGUAAUUUGUUUAAUCAGUGCAAGUGAAAUUAACGAACAAUGGAUGUAGAAAAUGAGCAGAUACUGAAUGUAAACCCCACAGAUCCUGAUAAUUUAAGUGACUCUCUCUUUUCUGGUGAUGAGGAAAAUGCUGGGACUGAGGAAAUAAAGAAUGAAAUAAAUGGAAAUUGGAUUUCAGCAUCCUCCAUUAAUGAAGCUAGAAUUAAUGCCAAGGCAAAAAGGCGACUGCGGAAAAACUCAUCUCGGGAUUCUGGCAGAGGCGAUUCAGUCAGUGAUAAUGGAAGUGAAGCCCUUAGAAGUGGAGUAACUGUGCCAACCAGUCCAAAGGGAAGGUUGCUAGAUAGGCGAUCCAGAUCUGGGAAAGGAAGGGGACUACCAAAGAAAGGUGGUGCAGGAGGUAAAGGUGUCUGGGGUACACCUGGACAGGUAUAUGAGGUGGAGGAGGUGGAUGUGAAAGAUCCUAACUAUGAUGAUGACCAGGAGAAUUGUGUUUAUGAAACUGUAGUUUUGCCUUUGGAUGAAAGGGCAUUUGAGAAGACUUUAACACCAAUCAUACAGGAAUAUUUUGAGCAUGGAGAUACUAAUGAAGUUGCAGAGAUGCUGAGAGAUUUAAAUCUUGGUGAAAUGAAAAGUGGAGUACCUGUGUUGGCAGUGUCCUUAGCAUUGGAGGGAAAGGCUAGUCAUAGAGAAAUGACAUCAAAGCUUCUCUCUGAUCUUUGUGGGACAGUAAUGAGCACAAAUGAUGUGGAAAAAUCAUUUGAUAAAUUGUUGAAAGAUCUACCUGAAUUAGCAUUGGAUACUCCUAGAGCACCACAGUUGGUGGGCCAGUUUAUUGCUAGAGCUGUUGGAGAUGGAAUUUUAUGUAAUACCUAUAUUGACAGUUACAAAGGAACUGUAGAUUGUGUACAGGCUAGAGCUGCUCUGGAUAAGGCUACUGUACUCCUGAGUAUGUCUAAAGGUGGAAAGCGUAAAGACAGUGUGUGGGGCUGUGGAGGUGGGCAGCAGUCUGUCAAUCACCUUGUUAAAGAGAUUGAUAUGCUGUUGAAAGAGUAUUUACUCUCUGGAGAUAUAUCUGAAGCUGAACAUUGCCUUAAAGAAUUGGAAGUACCUCAUUUUCACCAUGAGCUUGUAUAUGAAGCUAUUAUUAUGGUUUUAGAGUCAACUGGAGAAAGUACAUUUAAGAUGAUUUUGAAUUUGUUAAAAUCCCUUUGGAAGUCUUCUACCAUUACUGUAGACCAGAUGAAGAGAGGUUAUGAGAGAAUUUACAAUGAAAUUCCGGACAUUAAUCUGGAUGUCCCACAUUCCUACUCUGUGCUUGAGCGAUUUGUAGAAGAAUGUUUUCAGGCUGGAAUAAUUUCCAAACAACUCAGAGAUCUUUGUCCUUCAAGGGGCAGAAAGCGUUUUGUAAGUGAAGGAGAUGGAGGUCGUCUUAAACCAGAGAGCUACUGAAUGUAAAAACUCUUGCAAGUCUUAGGGUGUUAUAAAAAUAUAUAUCUGAAUUGUAAGAGUUGUUAGCACAGGUUUUUUUUUUUUUUUUUUUUUUUUAAAGCACUUGUUUUGGGUACAAGGCAUUUCUGAAAUUUUAUAAACUUACAUUUAAGGGGAAUUUUUAAAGGAAGUGUUUCCUUUUUCUUUUUUUUUCUGAGGGGGUGAAGGAAGGAGAGAAAACUAAUCUCUUAUGUGGGGUAUUCUAAUAAGCUACGUUUGUAAGUGCCAUGUUCACAACUUAAUCAUUCCAAGUUUUGCAUUGAUGUCUGACUGCCACUCCUUUCUUUCAAGGACAGUGUUUUUUGUAGUAAAAUCACUGGUUUAUACAAAGCUUUAUUUAGGGGGUAAUGUUAAGCUGCUAAAACCCCAUGUUGGCUGCUGCUGUUGAAAUACUGUGCUUUGGGAGUAAAAAAAAAAAAAAAGUUAUUUCUUUGUCUUAAAGAAUUUUUUAAACAAUGGGUUAGUCAUGAGACUUAUUCAUCUUUCCAAGGAACAUAUUGAUUGGUCUUAAAGACUAGACAGUUAAGUAAAUGGUGGCUGGAACAUCUAUUUUUCUACAAAACUGGAAAACGAACCCGGUUCUAGGAGAAUGUACAACAAAAUAAAACAUGUGAAGCA